UGCAAAUAAAUUGAAGAGUCGGUGAUCUUAACCUAAUUCGCUCAUUUCUUUCCGUUGUGCGUCGGUUUUCUGUAGGUCUUGUUUCUACAUUAGAAAGGACAAAAAGCCAAUAAAAAUGACUUCAAAUAUAGAUUUAGUGCGUUCUCUAGUGUUCGGGUUUCUACAAACUGAAGACAAGGCGAUCGCUGAGACGUAUCGAAAGAAAAACAACGUGCAAAAAUUGAACUCAACUAUCAAACUGAUUGACAUAAUCAGCGCUUCUCCAGUUGCUAAACAGCUCAAAGUUCCAGCGAAGGCAGAGGAGAGCGAUGAUUCAUCGUCAGAGGAGGAGGAACCUUCCAAAAAGCCAGUUGUGGCCAAACGGAAGGCUGCAAAUGGUCAAGCAACUCCGGCUGCGAAAAAAGCUAAAGUGGCCAGCAGCUCAGAUUCCGACAGUUCUGAAGAUGAAGCAGCAAAGCCAGCAGUAAAACCCCCCGUGAAGCAAACGCCUGCCAAGCCCGUGCAAAAGGCCAAGAAGCAGGAAAGUUCCUCAGACAGUUCUGAGGAGGAAGAGGCCCCAGCAAAGAAGGCCGUGGCCCCGAAGGUUACACCGAAGAAACCCGCUAAAAAGGAAUCGAGCUCCGAUUCAAGUGAAGAGGAAGCGCCCAAGAAACCUGCAAUAACUCCAGUGAAGGCCGCCAAGAAGGAAAGUUCAAGCGAGGAGAGCAGCAGUGAAGAGGAGGAGAAAGCUAAGAAGCCUGCAGUUGCCACACCGCUAGCCAAAAAGCCAGUUCCGGUUGCCAAAAAGGCACAAAGUAGCUCAGACGACUCAGAUAGUUCAGAAGACGAGGCCCCAAAACAGCCUGCAAAGAAACCGCCAGUGGUCGUAAAAAAACAGGAAAGUUCCGAUUCGGAAGACAGUUCAGAAAAUGAUGCGCCUCCAGCCAAGAAACCUGCUCCUGCCAAGGUGGCGCCUAAAAAACCGGCUAAACAGGACUCAUCGUCUGAUUCCAGUGACGAGGAUGAUGCUGAUCAGAAGAAGAAACCGGCGGCUGCUCCAGUGAAGGCCAAAGUUGCGCCGGCAGCGAAAAAAGCAGCAAGCAGCUCUGACGACUCUGAUAGCUCAGAGGCCAAGGCUCCCAAGCCAGUUAAAACUAAGCCAGUAGCCGUGGCUAAAAAGCAAGAAAGCUCCGAUUCGGACGACAGCUCGGAGGAGGAAAAAGCUCCUGCAAAGAAGCCGGUUGCUCAGAAGCCGACACCUAAGAAAGCCAAAAAGGAAGAAAGUUCUGAUGACUCCAGCGAGGAGGACGAGCAACCGAAGAAGGCGGUAGCCAAGGCCGCCAAUGGGAAAAAGGAGGAGAGUUCGGAGGAGGAAAGCAGCGAGGAAGAUGUCAAAGCCACGCCCCCGGCAUUUAAAAAAGCCCAAUCAGGCAACGAGGAUUCGUUUAAUAACAGCCAGACUGAGGAGAAUGGAGGAGAUUUCCCGGUGAAAAGCCCGCGAAAUGACUUCAACAACCAGAACAGAAACAGCGGCGGCUUUGGACGAGGUGGAUUUCGUGGAGGUAGGGGCGGAGAUCGUGGAGGUCGAGGCGGAGAUCGUGGGGGUCGAGGCGGCAGGGGCGGCUUUGGAUACAACAGAGACCGCAACUCGUUCGGCGGCGAUAACAGGGGCAGGGGUGGAUUUAGAGGAGGGCGCGGAGGCGAUCGGGGCGGCAACCGAAACAGCUUUGGCGGUGGUGGUCGCGACUUUGACAAUCAAGGGGGCGAAAGGAGAUCGUUCGGGGGAAAUCGAGGCGGCGGUCGUGGCGGUUUUAACCGGUCGAAUGACUUUAAUCAGAGAGGCGGUUUUGGGGGCCAGCCCAAGCCCGAGAACAAGAAAAUUAAGUUUGACGAGUAGAGGCAGUUUCUGCACAAACCCAUGUCUAAUUCGGCAAAUGCGAAGGGUUCGUGGGGCGAACGAGCCAACUUCGCAUUGAAGCACACACGCGGCAAGCAGUUUAGACAUGAAAAAACAAAAAAGAAACGGGGAUCCUACAUCGGCGGGCAAAUCGACAUGUCGGUCAAUUCAAUUAAGUUUUCCGAUUAAGUUCCUAGUAUGUAAGUUUUAUGUAAGUCUGAACGGAAAAGUUUAAAAAGUUUCAGGAA